UACCCAUCUGAUGAACUACCCACUUCUUUUCCAAUAGCAUAUCCAGGUUUAAUACCUUUCUUUCAUUUCAUCGUUCCGCCACUGUACUUCGUCUUUUUCUUCCCAAACACCCAACAGAACAAGAUUUUGAAUCUUCGCAACCGCAUCCAAAUUUUCAAAUUAGGGCCAAAAACAACAAAUUUCUCCAGUACCUGUUUGUUUCGUGUAGCAACGAUUUUCUUUCAUCAGAACCCAGCUGCAGGAAGAUGGAUGACAUCGAGCAAGCCAAUGAAAACAACAGAGAGUCUAUGAUAGCGCAGCUUGUGCAGGCGUUUGUUGAAUUGGAAGCUCGGAAGGGCUCUUCUGAGGAUAAGGUUCCGUGGAUUGAAAUUAAGCAACAUUUUGUUGAGCUUGAGACGAUAUUGAACAAGAAACAUGAAGAGCUGCAGGCUAAGGAGAGGGAAUAUGAAGAGAAAGAAUUAGAAACAAAUACGUUACUCGCACAGAGAAAGGUGGCGGUUACUUCAAAAGAACAAGAUCUAUUAGAUCGUUUGCAGGAGCUUAAAGAUGCCGCUGUAGCUUCCAUUGUAGAGGCUCGUGCAAAUCACCAGACUGCAACUUUGGAGUUUGUGUAUGAUGGGGAGAACAAAGAUAAUAAGGUAAGUAGUUCCCCCGAGAACUCUCCGUAUAAGUCUGGUGAAAAGUCUGAAGGUGUGGCUAAUGAUGUUACGCCACUUCUAGAGAUAAAAAUAUUUUGUGAGAAAAUGGAUGCGAAUGGCCUUCUGGAUUAUGUUGUGGCGCAUAAGAAAAAAGUGUCUGUUUUUCGUGAAGAGAUUUCUGUUGCAUUAGAAAGUGCAACCGAUCCAGCACGUCUGGUGCUUGAUUUACUAGUGGGGUUUUAUCCCGCCAAUGACACUACCCAACAAAACGAUAAAAUGGGUGCUGCCCUUCAGGGCAAGCGCAAAUCCUGUAUUCUAAUUUUGGAAGCCUUGGCUAGUUUAUUGGCAAGGGCUGACCCAGGUGCAGAUCACCUUUUGAACCCUGAAACCAAGCAGCAAGCCAAGGCAAUUGCUGAUGAGUGGAGGCUCAAGUUAGCUAGUGCAGACAUUGAUGCUGCCAAUGGAAAUUCAUUGGAAGCAGAGGCAUUCUUACAGCUUCUUUCAAUUUUUAUGAUCGCUUCAGAGUUUGGUGAGGAAGAACUCUGCAAGCUUGUACUUGCAGUUGCUCAGAAUAGGUCGGCACCUGAGCUCUGCCGCUCUAUCGGGUUAACUCACAAAGUACCAGCUCUUGUCGAAAUAUUAAUCAACAAAGAGAAACAGAUUGCGGCUGUACAUUUUAUUCAACUCUUCCAGCUCCAAGAAAGCUUUCCCCCUGUGCCCCUCCUGAGGACAUACCUCAAAAAUCAAAGGAGAAAUUCACAAGUAAAGGCUGAUAAUGUGCGUGAUAUCGCUACUGCAAAGAUUGAUGCCAAUGCACAAGAGCUUGCAGCAUUGAGAGUUGUAAUUAAGUGCAUCGAAGAAUACCAGUUCGAAUCUGAGUACCCACUUGAUACACUUCAUAAAAGGGUUCAUCAACUAGAGAAAGCAAAGACAGAAAAAAGGAGAGGUGGAGAGUUUUUUAAACGUCCGCAACAAUCAAAGAGGCCAAGGCCUAAUGAGAGGCCUUUCCCACACCGUUCUUCUGGUCGUGGUGGCGGUGCUUCAGGUGUUGUUCAUGGUAGGCAGGUACCCCCUGUUAGGACAGCAUAUGCCGGAACUGCUGAUCGAUAUCCCCAUUAUGCUGCAGUAGCACAUGAUUAUCAAGUUCCAGGCCAAGCUAUGUACACUCCGCAGCCUAGUGCAGCUCCUUCUAACUAUGGUCGUUAUAUAGGCAGUAGUUUGCAACCCUCACACCAGCAUUACAUGUGAGUUUUUAACCGGCAAGCAUGAAUGAAAACACUCUAGACAUGCUAGCAAUCAAACAUUACUAAUUAUCUACUCCUAGUAUUUAAAAAUGUUCCCUUUUGUUUUUGUUUGAGUUUCUUAUGAUGUCAGAAGGCAGAUGUACUCAUAUAUUUAUAAACCAUGUCCACUUUUGUUAAAUUAAGUGUAUGUUAAACAAUUGGUGACAGACAACUCGCUUGAAUCAAUACAAAGGAGUUGGAAAAUUGCAAACUUGUUGUAUUAAUCUCAGCUGUCUAUCCAAUAGUUAAUGUCUAAUUUUGUUGA